AUGCAAUCGGUAAUCUUGUUGUUGUCGGCGGCACUUUUGCUGCAAAAUGUUCAAUCGGGCGAAAUUUCCGUUAGUAACGGAUCCGAGCCAAUCUGUCUAGUAAUAAGAGAUCCCACAGGCCAAAGUACUUUCUAUAAGUUUCCAUGGAAUGUGGCUUUGUACUUCAAGCAAUCUGAUGAGCUUCAGAGCAAUUCGGUUGUCAAAAAAUGCGGAGGAACCCUGAUUGAUGAGCAACGGGUUAUCACAUCUGCAAACUGUGUAGUAAAUUCCAACGGAGAGUCGAUCAAUGCAUCUGAGAUCGAGGUACGUUUGGGAGAUCACAAUGAAGCAGAAAAUUUCUCAACGGAACAAACCCAAGCCGUCCAGCAGAUUAUCAUUCAUCCAAAGUUUGACGGAAAUCGACAUAACAUUGCAUUCUUGGUGCUUAACGAGUCGGUCAAGAUUAACAACUUCGUUAAUCCAAUUUGCUUUGGAUCAACUUCUAAGGAUAUCCAUGUGGGUGAUCAGGGCUUGAUUUUGGGCUGGAGCAUCAAAGAAUAUGGCGCCUUUCCAAGAAAACGUGUGAUGUCUCACGUGAUGGUGGUAAACAACUCCGAGUGUGCUGACAGUGGGGCGAUCUCAAUCGAAAGCCUCGACUCAAAUGAAGUUUUUUGUGCAAGAAAUUUGAAUGUUUUCGAUACCUGUUUCAAGAACACUGGUGACGGAGUUUAUUUCGCUUCCAAUGGGCAGUAUCACCUUGAAGGGAUUGCUACAUUGCCUAAGGGCGGAGAAACAGAACGUUGCGAAACUAGUGAAUAUUUGGUGUUCACAAACUAUAUCGAAAGCUUCGCCAGGAGUGUUUUUGCUGUUUUGGACGGAAAUAAUGCUGACACCAAAUCAAACAGAGAUCGCAGAGCUAUAACGGGACCACUUCCUAUUCCGCCACCAAUGCCGGAACAUAAACUACAGGAUUAA